AUGGGAUUAAGUCACUCUUCAACUUAUCAUUCUUCUCAUAUUAGGAGUGUGACGGAAUCUGGUCCGAUUAUUGUCGAACCACAUUCAGAAAUAUACCCGCGUUUGCCAGUUGAGGAUUUCAUUAGAUGUGACAAUGAAACAUACAGCCCACAAUUCGAAUUGUUUGUUCAAAGUUAUCAAGCGAUGUAUGAUCGUCCCCACACCGAUAUGCGAUCAUAUUACCAAGUGGCUGGAAUCCAUUCACUACCUUGGACAGCCUAUGAUGGAGUUACCGGUGGUAUUCACGAAUAUAAAAAUGAGACUGAUUGGGCAAUAGGUCGUUGGGGUGGAUAUUGUCAGCAUGGAAGUGUUUUGUUUGCACCAUGGCACCGACCUUAUGUACUAUUAAUGGAAUCGUUAGUAAUUAAUGAAGCAAAGAAAAUUGCUUUACAAUACCCUGAUAACGAAAGAGAAAAGUACGUUGAAGCAGCAAAUCAAUUGCGCUUUCCCUAUUUUGAUUGGGCUGAUGAAAAGGCAAUAAAAGGCUUGCCGGAUGUAUUCAUAGUAGCUGAACUCGAAAUAAAAACACCAAAAGGCAAAGAAAAAGUCAAAAAUCCGUUAAAAAGUUAUACAUUACCUGUAGAUCUUUCAUUUCCCCUUGGAAAAGGUUAUAAUCCAACUGAUAAACCCAAUUAUACAAUACCAAGUUCAAAUUAUAAUCCAUUUACACCCGCCGGCUAUCCUACUGUCAGGCAUCCUAACGCUAACUAUGAAGAUCAAUGUGAUUUGAUGAAUCAAAACAUCUCUUUGUAUGUUUCUACGGUAUUUAGACCAGGAGUUUAUCAAAUGCUUCAGAUUAAUGAUUACCUAAAAUUUAGCAAUCAUGGUAUAAGAUCAAACGGUACAGAAAUGGAAGCUUUAUUUCAAGCUCAUCCACCUCCUUUAGUAGUUGUUGGAUUUGCACAUUUUGCAUCUCUUGAAGUAUACCAUGAUAUGUUUCAUUUUGCAGCCGGUGGUCCUGGUGGUCAUAUGUCAGUUCCAGAUAUAUCUGGAUUUGAUCCAUUAUUCUUUUUUCAUCAUACCGCCGUAGAUCAAAAUAUUAAUAUUAACGGAACUUAUACAGAAGAACUAUACUCAGUGGUAAAUGAUUAUACAGACCUAACACCAUUCCGUAAAUCAGAAACGGAAUUUUGGAAACCUUCAACAGUUCGUGAUAUAGAAAAACUUGGAUAUACUUAUCCUGAAUUG